ACUUUUUUCUAUGUUGUGGGUGCGUGCAUUUGUAUUGUCCGGUGUUUGAAGACGCUUGGAAUUCGCUUUCAAUUUCUUCGUAGGAAAAAUGUCGGGUGAUACCGAUAAAGCAAAAAUCAGUGAUAAUCAGGAUGAAGACAAAAAGUCUGGCGCGGGAGACGGUCAGACGACUGAAGACGAAUCGUCGCAGGAUUCCAAGGGUGAGUCGGCGGACGGGCAAGGUAACGCGACUGUAGAUCAACCAGACAGCAAAGACCCGCCAGAAGGUGACGCAAAAUCAACAACAGCAAACGGAAAAGAGGAUGAUGUAGGCGGUGAAGACUCUAAAGAUGAAAAGGACUCCAAACCGGAUGUAGAUUUGAAAAAGGAGGAAAAUGGCGAAACUCAUGAUGAGGAGAAUGACAAAGAAGACGUGAAGGAAAACGACAAGCCAGCUAAAAAGCCAGCGGCCAAGAAGAAACCUAAAAAAGAGGACACAGAAGAGGAAGAUGAAGAGGAUGAAGAAAUGGAUGAGGAGGAGGAGGAGGAAGGGGACGAGGGAGAGGAGGAUGACGAGAAGAAACCUAAAGCCAAAGUAAAGAAGGCGGUAAAGAAGCCGAAGGACGGCGAGGAUGAAGGCGAGGAGGAUGAGGAGGGCGAAGAGGAGGGGGAGGAAGAAGAAGAGGAGGAGGAGGAGGAAGAGGAAGCGCCCAAACCGAAGCCCAAGAAAGAGCCAACAGAACCACCUGUACCAUUGCCGGCCGGCAAGGGGAUACCGCUCGGUCACAUCAGCAACGUGGAGGUGUCUCUGUCGCGCUUCAAGACGCAGGACCAGAAGAUAUUGCACCAAUAUUUGUAUGGGCAACUAUGCCUCGACCGCAACGUAAAGCGCAACAUUAAGAAGUUCAAGGGCUACGAGUGGGCGAUCGGCUCGGGCGACUACAAGGCCAAGCUGGAGGAAACAGCCAAGAUGGAGCCCAAGCAGUUGCGUACCAUGUGCGAGAUGCUCGAUCUGGAUAAAAAAGGCGGUCCGUCGGAGCUGGCCGCGCGGCUAGUGGGGUUCCUGCAGUGCCCCACAGCGAACUCGCCGCACGCGCGCGGCGUGGCCCGCGCCCCGCCCGCCGCCGCGACCGCCACGCCGGGCGGCAGGCCGAGAAGAUCCGCCGCCGUUAAGAUACACAACCGAGGCUAUUCAGAUGAAGAGUAUGAGACAGAUCCAGAAACAAAAGUCAAAGGACCAAAACCGACUAAUGAGGGUUCAGAGGAUUCAGAUGGCUCGUUCAACCCGAGCGGUUCAGAGGCGGACUCUGACUUCGACCCGGAAGGCGGUGAGGGCGCGGGCGGGGCGGGCCGCAAGCGCAAGAGCAGCGGCCGCCGUCGCUCCGGGGGCAAGCCGGGACGCCGCGGGAAGAAGGGCAGGGGACGGCGUGCUAGCGGGAAGGCGGCGAGCAGAGGUCGCGGUCGCAAGGCAAAAUCUGAAAGCGACGAAGAAAGCGACAAGUCGGAGAGCGAAAGCGAUGGAGCCGGCGAGUCGGGCAGCGAGGGGGAGGAGUCUGAUGAGCCAAAGGCGAAGCGCGGCCGACCGGGUGCAGUAGCGAAGGGCCGCAAGGGCGCAGUCGCCAAGUCGCAGAAGGCCACGCCCGCCAAGCGGAAACCCGCCUCGCCGCCCGCAAAGAAGCGCGGCGCCAAGCCAGUAGGACGACCGGCUAAAAAGAGCAAGAAGGCUUCCUCUGAAGAGGAGUCCGGUGAAGGUAGCGAGGAGGAGGAGGAGCCCAGCGAUGAGGAAGAGUCCAACGACGAGUCUGAUACCCCUGCUGAUAAGAAGGGGAAACGGCCGCCUACAGACGAGGAGAUAAAGAAGUACGUGAAGCAGAUCUUGGAAGGCGCUAACCUGGAGCAGAUCACGAUGAAGACAGUGUGCAAGCAGGUGUACAGCCACUAUCCGGACUUCGACCUCGCGCACAAGAAGGACUUCAUCAAGGCGACCGUUAAGUCGUGUAUUUAAGAUGUUAGGCGUAAGCGGAGUGUAGUCUACGUAGAGUUAACUAUUACUAUAGUUUUUAUAAAGGACAUAUUAUUACAAUAAUAAUAUAUUACAAGAAUAUAAUUUUUUUUUAAAUAUCCGCGAUACAAGUGGAAUGGAUUUACGCCCGCUUUUUAUUAAGCUCAUAUCAUCGUGAGCGACUCGGCCGCAACGCAUAGUCAAGUAAGCUACAAUUAGAGUAAUUAUACAAUACAUACAUACAUACAUACGUGUAACGCGCGACGCUGUAGGCGCGACGCGUAGGCUAAGGAGCAAGGGUAGAUGUACGCCUAAGUGUGGGACCCCGCUGCUUGUGGGACCUGGGACUUUGGACCUGGGACUUUGUACAUGAGACUUUGUACAUGGGACUUUGUACCUAGGACUUUGUACCUGGGACUUUGUACAUGCGACUUUGUACCUGGGACUUUGUACAUGUGACUUUGUACAUGGGACUUUGUACCUGGGACUUUGUACAUGGGACUUUGUACAUGGGACUUCGGACUUGGUACCUAGUUCGGAGACUUUGAUUUGAUACCUAACUACAAAAUUGCACUUUUAAAUAGAUUUUAACAAUUACAAGAUCAAGGUAUUGAUUUACAGUGUAUAAGUUACACAGACCGUUUAUUUUGUUAAUCUGUUAUCAAAAUAUGUACUAGUUUUCGUUCUGUUUAAUGAUGAAUAUCGUUGGAUAGUGUAUCAUUAAUUAAUUUGAAAAUAAAUUUACAAACAUUAUUUUUUGUAAGAAAUUUGUUGGUAAAAUAUAUAUAAUGUAAAAGUCUCAGUUCAAAAAAUCACAAGCAGUGGGAACUCAAUUAUCAAGGAAAUAAAUGUCUUAAGGAUAUUUUGUUUGUGCUAUUUCUAUGUUUUGUUGGACGAUAGCUCGUGUCCCGAACGCAGGGGAAGUGUAAAUAAUAAUAUUUAGGCCUGAUUUAAUAAAAUAAUCGAUUGAUUUUAAUUUUUUAUAUGACGGCGGACUUGUCGAGAUAAAAUUUUAAAUGGGAAGGUUUUUUAUUUAUAUUGUUUUGUGCAUUAAUUUCAAACGCAAAAAGACCGCAAAUAAAAUUGUGUAUUAUUCAAUAAAAAUCGGGCCUUUACACAUUAUUGCAACUUCGUGAGAUGUGCGAGCGUUGUCUCUGUAGUGCAUAGUUUUUUUAAUGUGCUAUUAUCUAUAGUAUAUAAUUUACAUAUAUAUGUAUCUAUUAUUACGAACAUAGCUCGCACAACUCUGGGGUUUCCAUCUCGUCAAUAAAAUAUUUAAAUGCUAAAUAAAUGGCUUAAAGUUUAUCAGAGUCGGGACCAGUCUGUUUCCAUGAGCUAUCUCUUUGAAUAAGUACAUAAUAUUUUUACAUUGUCUCGUUAUUUCUUGAUUAACUACAUGUAAAUGUUUGAACGCACUGUGUUCACUAGUUUUGCUGGUUUCACAUAUUUUUUUUUAUUUCAUUAUUUGUAUCAACUAAGAAACAACAAUUGACGAUUUUUACAAAUAAAUUUUAUAUGUGCCAAGUAAUUGAUCAUUUUUUUAAAUCGAAACAUUCAAUCGAAUAGUGAAACUAGUAUCAUAAGUGUUUUCAAUCAAGUGAUGAUUAUUUUCCUAUCGAUAUUGUACAAAUAUAUUCGGAAGGCGCACAGGUGUGAAAUUGUACCGACAUCGUCCGCCAUCGCCUGUGCUACGGGCUCUGUGGCCGGCGAGAUCAGCACUAUGUUUAGUGGCAACUAUUUGUUAGAAAAUCAAUUUUUAAAAUGUAUUCCACAAAAAAAAUAUACAUAUGUAUAUUGUAUAGAUUUCGAUGCUAUCGAUUUGUGUCAAAUAUGCUUAAAAUAAUAAUUUUAACGUUUCCAAACGCAUCGGUCUCGCCGGCUGUAGGGUCACGUGUAUAAAUUAAUUUUAGAACGUUGUUAAUUGAUUUUUAAUGGUGUGGAUUGUAAGAUUAUUUUUUUAAGCUAGGCUAUACUUCUACGCAAUCUUAAUACCGUGAGAUACUAUUCGUUUAAGUAUCGAUUAAGUGUACUUUAAGGUGUGUAAAUAUUACACGGGAGUGCAGAAUUUUGAAUAGAUAACAUCCCAAAUUGACUAUAUUUUUUAUUUAAUUCCGCUUGUUUGCGUCAACCGUUCUCCGUAUCCGACUUUGAACUCGUCUCGAGUUGAAUAUACAUUUGUUUUUUACAUUUUAUCGUUUUCACUUUGACUGUUGUCUGUGCAAUACGACAUAAGUAUGUGUUAGAAUUAGAUUCAAUGUUGCAAAAGAGCUUAUCUCUUUGUAUGAUAUUGAACACUAUUUUUCAUUACAGUGUAAUAAUUAUAUGAAUGUCUACGAUGUAGAAUAAAAAUGGCACCGUAUUCCGCAAAUCACGACGUUUAUGUCGCUAUUGUGUAUCACGCGAAUUCCUGACGAACUCAGUAUUUUCAAUGAAUGCAAAGAGGAGUGAUUUUUAUUCUAUUCGGCAAACGAUUACUGUGCGUAAUCGAGUGUUUUAUUUUUAGAUCAGCCGUUACACUUAGGUGCUUUGGCAUUUGAUGUUUCGUUUUGUAUUGCAACUUGUGGCCGAACUGUCGCUAUGUCCGUGGGUUACGUAGGGUAAGGUUGGAGCGCUCCCCGACGCUGUAAUGCCUCCAAUAAUAGACAUAUUUUUAUGUCUGAAUUUUUAGUCUAUUGCGGAAUGCAUUGCCCGUUUCUGUCCGGUUUCUAUAUUCAAUAUAAGCGUUCUCACACUUAAUUUUCCUAAUAUUGUUCAAAGAAAAAUGUUUCAACGAAUAGCAUUAGGUAAAUUUUGGGAGUAAUACAUUGUAUGUAGUAACGGGCCAAUAAAUCUUUAAAUGGUAUUAAAUUUUUUGUUCAAUUUAUCGCCGAGCCUCCGGGCGCGCCCCAACGUAAUAAUAAGAUAGUAAUAAUCAACAUUAAAUGUGUAUUUGUGAAUUUAACCUUAUUUUGGUUGACGUUACUUUAUAUUUGGUGUAAAUGGCUGAGAAAGUAGCUGAGUAGUGACACGGAGUGAUAGAGUGACUGGUUCCCUUUUACAAUUGGAGUAUAGAAUAAAACGAAUAAAACAUU